AUGGCCGGUGUACUUCAGGGAGAGAAACAGCUUUUUGAGAAGUUCUGGGAGGGCACGUUCAAAGCCGUGGCCAUGCCGCGACCCGAGAGCAUCAUCGUGGCCAGCAUAACCGCACGGAGAGCCGUGACAAAGUUGGAGACAGCAGUUACACUAGCACCUAAAGAGGACAAGAAUAAAGUGGAAACAAAAGACACAGUUGCAAAAACUCAUGAGAAAAACACACACAUCAAACACAGAGGACGCAAACGUCGCAGCCACCGCAGAGCUUGCAGCGUGUCUUUUGAAGCAGAUCUUUCCCCUCGGCCAGUGUUUAAGGCAAAGAAGAAGAAGAAGAAGUCGGAGAGGAAGAGGAGGAAACAGAGGUCUCCCUCCUGCAGUCUUUCUCCUGUGAGGAAGAAAAAGAAAAAGAAGAGCUCAAAGAAAAGGAAGCAACAUAGGUCUGCCUCAAGGAAGGGGAGGCACAGUGGCUCGAGUCCCAGGCGUAAAAGGAAGGAGGACAAAAAACAUAAAAAGAGGUCAAGGAGCCACUCUCAUCGUAAACAUCGGCACCGGAAAGCAGAAAUUAGGAGUUCCUCCUGCAUGGAAAACAGAUAUAAAGAUUGUGAAAAAGCUGGCUUACACGAUGGUGGGCAUUCAUCAGCUGAUAACAAAGGCCAUGCAUGCAGGUCGGCAAUCAAGCUGACCAAUCAAAUCUCCUCUAAGUGCUGCUGCCACCUCUCUGAAUGCACCGUCUCACUGUCACGUCCUGGGGUUGAGGUUUUAAACAAAAUGGUGAUCGUCCAGGAGUCACUGUCCAAUAAAGGCAAAGGACAUGCAGAAUACGAUUCAGGGAAUGACACUUCCUCUCCGCCAUUAAUUAAAACUGGCAUCACAAGGUCAAAGGUUGCUGGAAAUGGAAAGGUCUCAUGUCAACAGUUGAAAUCUCCAGAGAAGCUCAGACUAAGUGAUGGGGACAAUGCCUCCGAUUCAGGCAAUUCGCUAACCAGCUAUGACUCUCUUGGUAAACCGGUGCUGAGAGAGAAUAACUUACAAAGCUCUAUCUUCAACAAGCUCAAAGGUGCGGAAACAAGCAGAUACUCAGAUUUUGAGAAGACAACUCUGGGUCUUCUUGGCACUGAUAGGAAUCGGAGUCUUUCUUGUGAUAGAUAUCAAAACCGAACAAGACCACGCAGCAGAAGCACAUCAUCCCAAAGCAGAUACUCAGGGCGCUCUUCCAGAAGCCGAUCCCUAUCCUCAGGGAGAAGAUCAUAUUCCCGCUCAUCCAGUUACUCUCUGGAUUCACAGAGAGACAGUCUUUCAAGUGCAAGCAGUUGCCGCAGUCUAAAUUACUCACGGUGCACACAAGACAGGUUCCGGGAGCGAAAAAGAGACUGCAGUUCCUGUGAGAGUAGAAAACACAGCAGGAGAAGACCGUGUUCCCCAAUGAGGAAGAGAAGAAGAGAUUCCCCAAGCCAUCUUGAAGCUCGGAGAAUUACAAGUGCCAGAAAGAGACCUAUCCCAUACUACCGUCCCAGCCCUUCCGUCAGCAGCCGAUCCUCCAGCCUCCUCUCCUGGCGCCUGUUUUCUCUCAGUCGCAGUCGAUCGCGCAGUCGAAGUAAAAGUCGCAGUCGCACUUAUUCUUCAUACAGGAGCUACAGUCGCAGCUCAUCAUGGAACUCUUUAUAUAGCAGAUGCAGUCGCAGUCGUAGCAGAAGCUAUGACUCAAUGGUGAGCUAUAGCAGGGCUCGUCGCUAAUUUAUGGAAGAACCAGAUGCC